AUGGCCACCAUUCAGUCAGAGACUGACUGUUACGACAUCAUCGAGGUGUUAGGCAAGGGCACCUUCGGGGAGGUGGCCAAGGGCUGGCGGCGAAGCACAGGUGAGAUGGUGGCCAUCAAGAUCCUCAAGAAUGACGCCUACCGCAACCGUAUCAUCAAGAACGAGCUGAAGCUGCUGCACUGCAUGAGGGGCCUGGACCCUGAGGAGGCCCACGUCAUCCGCUUCCUUGAGUUCUUCCAUGACGCCCUCAAGUUCUACCUGGUUUUCGAGCUGCUGGAGCAAAAUCUUUUCGAAUUCCAGAAGGAGAACAACUUUGCACCCCUCCCGGCCCGCCACAUCCGCACCGUCACCCUGCAGGUGCUCAGGGCCCUGGCCCGCCUCAAGGAGCUGGCCAUCAUCCACGCCGAUCUCAAGCCUGAGAACAUCAUGCUGGUGGACCAGACCCGCUGCCCCUUCAGGGUCAAGGUUAUUGACUUUGGCUCAGCCAGCAUUUUCAGCGAGGUGCGCUACGUGAAGGAGCCAUACAUUCAGUCGCGCUUCUACAGGGCUCCCGAGAUUCUGCUGGGGCUACCCUUCUGCGAGAAGGUGGACGUGUGGUCACUGGGCUGCGUCAUGGCCGAGCUGCACCUGGGCUGGCCGCUCUACCCAGGCAACAACGAGUAUGACCAGGUGCGCUACAUCUGUGAGACCCAGGGCCUGCCCAAGCCCCACCUGCUGCACGCCGCCCGCAAGGCCCACCACUUCUUCAAGCGCAACCCCCACCCUGACACCACCAACCCCUGGCAGCUCAAGUCCUCGGCUGACUACCUGGCUGAGACCAAGGUGCACCCCCUGGAGCGCCGCAAGUACAUGCUCAAGUCACUGGACCAGAUUGAGACAGUGAACGGUGGCGGGGCAGCUAUUCGGCUGACCUUCCCGGACCGGGAGGCACUGGCUGAGCAUGCUGACCUCAAGAGCAUGGUGGAGCUGAUCAAGCGCAUGCUGACCUGGGAGUCACAUGAGCGCAUCAGCCCUAGCGCAGCCCUGCGCCACCCCUUCGUGUCCAUGCAGCAGCUGCGUAGCGCCCAUGAGACCACUCGCUACUACCAGCUGUCGCUUCGCAGCUGCCGCCUCUCACUGCAGGUGGAGGGCAAGCCCCCUACACCCGUGGUGGCCACUUCAGAAGAUGGACCCCCCUACUACCGUCUGGCUGAGGAAGAGGAGGCCAUGGGCCUGGGCAGUGUGGCAGGCAGUGGGCCUUUCUUCCAUGAGGAGAAGGCACCGGGCAUGCAAAAGGCCAUUGACCAGCUGGACGACCUGAGUCUGCAGGAGGCAGGCUGUGGGCUGUGGGGUGAGACCCCCGAUAUGCUGGCCCCACUCAAGGCAGCCGUUGCUGGCCUCCGGGUGCCCGACUCGGGCCCUGAGCCCAUCCUGGCCUUCUACGGCAGCCGCCUGGCUGGCCGCCACAAGACCCGCAAGCUGCCCGCAGGAUCCAAGUCUGACUCCAACUUCAGCAACCUCAUCAGGCUGAGCCAGGCCUCGCCUGAGGACGAUGGGCCCUGCCGGGGCAGCGGCUGGGCAGAAGGAGAACACCGUGGGGCUUCCGCCAAGCCGCCCACCAUCGCGAAGCGGGACGGGGAUGGGCCAGACAUCAAGGACAUGACCAUGGAUGCCGAGAGGCCUGACCCUGAGCUCUUUGACCCCAGCAGCUGUCCUGGGGAAUGGCUGAGUGAGCCAGACUGGACCCUGGAGGGCAUCAGAGGCCCACGGGCUCCAGGGCUCCGCCCCCGCCAUGCCCAUCCACAUGGUCCGCUCCGGGCCACCAGCUUUCUGCAACAUGUCAGCGGGCAGCACUGA